UUUUUUUUUUAACUGAUGCUUUCUGAUCAAUUAAGAAUAAAACAAGGGCCAUUGGCUCGUGUUUGGUUAGCUUCUCAUUGGGAAAGAAAGAUUUCAAAGUCUCAAUUCUUACAAACUAAUCUUGAAAAGACAAUUGAUGCCAUCAAGACAAACCAAGAAGAGGAACCUAUUGCACUUCGUGUUUCUGGUCAAUUAUUGCUUGGUGUCGUUCGUAUUUUUUCAAGAAAAACUAAAUAUUUAUUAGAAGAUUGUAAUGAAGCACUUGUCAAGAUUAAGUUGGCUUUUAAAAAGGGAGAUGUAAACAUGCCUGAUAUUCAUCAUACUAUUGCCAACGUAAAUACCAUUACAUUACAAAAUAAAUUAACUGAAUUCGACAUUUUACUUCCUGAUCUACCCUUCAACAUAAAUGGAGGUACCGCUUUAGAUGAACGUGAUCCUAUUUUAGAUAGCUUUGUCGAUAUGUCUCAAGAUAUUACCCUUAACGACUUUAGUUUUGGUAACUACGAAACAGGUCGUGGUCUAGGUGGCGUUGAAGUAGGUCGUCGUGACAAUGAACCAGGAUUUGCUGAUACUGCCUUUGACAUGGAUGCCAUUGCUGAUCCCAUGAAAGAAAUGAAUUUGAAUGACAAUGGACUCUUUAACGACACUAUUGAUUUUGAUUUUGAUGUUGCUGAUCAAGAUCUUGAAGCGCCUAAUGCAGCAGCCAUUGAACAAUUUAAUUUACCUAAUGAGGAUGAUACAUUGAUGCAAGCAGGCAUUGUUGAAGAUACUCAAUUAUUUGAUAUGGAUGUAGAGCAACCCGUUGUGCGUCGUCGUAAAAGACUUGUUGUAGAUAAAGUAACAGAAAUUCCACAAGAGGAUUUACGUCGUUAUGCUAAUGAUACAAGUACAAUUGUAACUAAAGAAACAGGAUUUGACAUGGCAAAGGGAACAAAGGAGGUAGUCAAGUUGACCGCACCUCUUGGUUCAUUAGGUCAUGAACUUGAGACCAUGUUUGAACAAUUCAAUCGCAAGAGACGUGCAUCUCAAGCGUUAGGUCAAAUUGAAAAGGAACCACGUAUUAUGGAAGAAGAAGGUGCUGAUUUGCAAAGAGCUUUUCAAUUUGAUGAUGGAGGUGAUUUUGAUGCAGGAGAAUUUAAUCAAGAUGCCAUGGCAGCUCAUUUCAAUACUGUAAAUAACAAUGAUUCAAUUCAAUCUCUCCUUUUUAUUAUUAUUACUAUUACUCACUUUUAUAUUUAGGAUAUGGGUGAAUUUGAAGAAGAGAAUGGAUUUAUGACACAAACAUUAAAUACAAGUACAAGAGAAACACUUGAAAAACUCGAAACUCAAUUUGUUUCUAGAGAAACAAUUAAAUUUGGAGAAUUAGCACCUAUGCACUCUACUAAUCGAGCUGAUGCUGCUAGACUCUUUUAUGAUAUUUUAUUGUUAUCUACAAAGGAUAAAAUUAAGGUUAAACAAGAUCGUCCAUUUGGUGAGAUUCAAAUGAAUGCUUGCACUACUUUUGUUCAAUAAAUGAAAGGGCAAGUUUAUAAAUAUAUAUGAAUACAUAAAUAUAUAAAUACACAUCUAUAUAAAUAUAUCAAAAAUAAAUAAGGUGUGUGUGUGUGUGACUGUAUGUAUGUAUGUAUGUAUGUAUGUGUUUCUUUGGUUUUAUAUAUGUAUAUAUGUGUACAU